CCUCCAUCCAUCGAAAACAUCACUCACGACGAACAAUAAACAACAAACCAAGACACAAUGACCUCAAUCCUCAAACCGACCCGCUCCUCCACCCUGUUCCUCCGCCCUCUCCUCCUGCGACCCUAUCUCACCCGUCCAUACCACAAAGAAUUGCACAGCAACAAAGGCGAAGAGUUAUUCAUCCCCCCGUCCUAUCCGGACGACAUCGAGCCUCCGAAGCUGAUCCAGAAGAAGGAGACCAAGGAGAGCAUGUGGGAUGAGCUACAGGCUACGAUGAGUGAGACCUCGGUCAAAGCCGAUCGAGGUGAUAUCAAGUUCGAGCCCAAGAAAGUCGGGCAGAAAGCCAGUGCGAAGUCGGAUGGGGCAUUCCCGGAGCGAGAAGAGCCCAGGAUCGAUGAGAUGUGAUUCAUCGCCUUCUUAAUCUCGGUGUUGCAGAUGAUGGCCCGGCUGGGGGAGAAGGUCAGGCAUGGUUUGAGGCCGGGUACUUGCAAUGUUGACAUGAUCUUUUUUGCACUGUACUGUACUUGCGCGGUUCAACAAAUUGUAUGCAAUCAAUCAGUUAUGUCAUCAUUCAAGCAUGUUGUCUCUGCUUUAGCUCUAGUUCUAGUUCGUGUCUAAAGUUCAAUGAUCAUGCUCACGCC